UGAGGGACGGUGGACCGGCCCAUGGCUGAAAAAGGUUGCUGACCCCUGCUCUAUGGGCUGCUUCUGCAGUGAAGCAUUUACUGUGGAACAGGCGAGCUUUUUCACUUUUAAUUUAAUAGCAAUCUGCAUGGCAUCAGGAGCAAAACAUCAUGCUUCCUUUUCUUGUUCAACCUCUGCUUUUGCUCAGAAAAAAAGAUCCUUUUUAAAAACACAACAGAACAGUUGUGUAAGAACACAUCAUGCAGCUUGUUCAGCGCACUGUUGGGCUGGUUAUUGUCUGCAGAAAUUGCUCCAGACCAGGGGGUCAGCAGACUUUUUCAGCAGGGGGCCAGUCCACUGUCCCUCAGACCUUGUGGGGGGCUGGACUAUAUUGGGGGGGGGGGGAGAGAACGAUUUCCUAUGCCCUACAAAUAACCCAGAGAUGCAUUUUAAAUAAAAGCACACAUUCUACUCAUGUAAAAACACCAGGCAGGCCCUACAAAUAACCCAGAGAUGCAUUUUAAAUAAAAGGACACAUUCUGCUCAUGUAAAAACACGCUGAUUCCCGGACCGUCCACGGGUUGGAUUGAGAAGGCAAUUGGGCCGCAUCCAGCCCCCGGGCCUUAGGUUGCCUACCCCUGCUCCAGAUCUUCCCUUCUUUAUGGUCCAUCUCACCUCUCUAGGAAUCAGUCCCAGCACUUUAACACUUCACUUUCAAAACACCAUUGCCUCUAUAUACAGUGAUACCUCUGGUUGCGAACGGGAUCCGUUCCGGAGGCCCGUUCGCAACAUGAAUAGAACGCAACCCACAGCGGCGCGUUUCUGCAUGCGCGGGCUGCAAUUUGCCGCUUCUGCGCAUGAGCGUGACAUCAUAUUGCGCAUCUGCGCAUGCGCGAGCAGCCAAACCCAGAAGUAACCCUUUCCGGUACUUCUGGGUCGCCGUGGGACGCAACCUAAAAAAAGGUAUCAUGAAGCAAACGUAACAUGAGGUAUGACUGUACAUUACUUUUCUUCCUUGCCUAAACCACAGUUUAUGGUGGAGAAGGGAAAUAUGAUCAGGAGCUUAGCAAAAGGUAGGUGUGUUUAACCCUUUCACACAUAGGUAAAGGUAAAGGGACCCCUGACCGUUAGGUCCAGUCGUGGCCGACUCUGGGGUUGCGGCGCUCAUCUCGUUUACUGGCCGAGGGAGCCAGCGUACAGCUUCCGGGCCAUGUGGCCAGUAUGACUAAGCUGCUUCUGGCGAACCAGAGCAGCGCAUGGAAACGCCGUUUACCUUCCCGCCGAAGCGGUACCUAUUUAUCUACUUGCACUUUGACGUGUUUUCAAACUGCUAGGUUGGCAGGAGCAGGGACCGAGCAACGGGAGAUCACCCCGUCGCGGGGAUUCAAACCACCAAACUUCUGAUCGGCAAGUUCUAGGCUCUGUGGUUUAACCCACAGCGCCACCCGCGUCCCUUUUUCCUUUCACACAUACUGCGGUUCAAAUGAAAACCAUCAUUCAGCACACACGCACACAAUCACACACAUUCAGGACUUCCCUCCUGGCUACAGAAUAUUAUUUGGGUUCCAGAAAUCUGGAGGCAGCAUUGAUCUUCCGCUUGCAGCUUAAAUAAGCAAUGGCUGUGUGCUGAAUCUAUGUGAAGCACCUCAGGAUACUCACGGCAUGGUGUAGAACGUAAGGCUAAGUACUUUAUUUUGCAAUUUCCUUGGGGGUUUUUUGGAAAGGAAGCUCAUGUAGAUGAAAUAUCUUAGGGAGGGGAGCAGAAUUUAACUUCCCUCCUCACAUUUUAAAGUAUUCUCCAGUUUUUGCUCAGUUCGUCCUCCCUUUUGCCUCACCCCGCUGCCACUGUCAGUAUUCUUAUUUAUUAUUAUUAUUAGCUACAGACACUGCAGACCUGACUCUGUGGGCAGCCAUCUUUUUUGUAGGCUUCCGUUGAGGAAGAGACAAAUAAGGCCUGCAGGCUUUGCUUUUCCUAUUGAAACAGUGGGGCAGCUUCCACCAUAUAUAAAACCAUAAUUAAACAUUAAAAAACUAUCCUAUAUGCAGGGCUGCCUUCAGAUGGCUCAGGGGUCAGAUAACUCCAUAGCUUCAAACAUUUGUCCGAUGAACAUAGGGCGUCCUAAGGAAAAGCGGGUCAUUCCGGAAUCAAAUCAGAAACUGGGACGGCUUCUGCAAAUCCAGGACCGACCCUGGAAAAUGGGGAAACUUGGAGGGUCUGCAUUUAUUUAAGCUAACCUUCCCCAUGGAAGUGAGCAAAACCUGUUUCUGAGAAAGCAGGCUGAGAAUUGCACUGCUAGACUUAGACAGAAGGUUGUUUAACCUAUCUGCCUUAACUUUAGAUACAGGAGCAGCUGAUAUUUUGGGUUCGUUGCUUUCCGAAACAGAUGACGCAGCAGCUUUCAAAAGCAAAACUAAAUAUAUAAUCUUGUUUGUGUGGUGGGUCUAUACACCAAACAAACAAACAAGCAAGCAAGCAAGCAAGCAAGCAAGCAGACCAACUGAUAAGCUCAAGGUAAGGUUUCUAUAUCCUGUUCUAAUCUUGUUGUCUUCAUUUCAACUCUGCUUAGCGAUAUGCGCCUUUCAUUCCAUGACUUUUAGGUCUCUCUGCUGACAAAACUCCCCGCUUCCCAGUCGACCCAACUUUGGUCCAUAAAAGUUUAUGCCAUAAUAAAGUGGCCUGUCUUAAAGGUGACCGGGAGGGUUUUGUUGUUUUCCCCUCAACAGAUAAAUACAGGGCCACCCCUCUGGAAUCCCGAGGCAUUUGUUUCCACAAAUCAGGACUGCGGUCACGAUUUUGUAAACUGCAAAACGAAACCACAUUCCACAUUCGCUUGUGAUCACUGUUGCUUUUGUUCGGCUAAUUGCGUAUUUUAAAAGUGCCCAGUGUUUUGGGAGCAGGCAAGGCUGCGAUUCAUAGCAACACCAGGAGCAGAUCAUAGUAUUUUGGUGAACGAGAUGAAUCUGAACACACACCAUACAUUUAAAACAUACUACCCCUCCCAAUAAUCCUGUGAACCAGGGGUAGGCAACCUAAGGCCCGGGGGCCGGAUGCGGCCCAAUCGCCUUCUCAAUCCGGCCCCCGGACGGUCUGGGAAUCAGCGUAUUUUUACAUGAGUAUACAGUGGUACCUCGGGUUAUAUACGCUUCAGGUUACAUACACUUCAGGUUACAGUCUCCAGUAACCCAGAAAUAGUGCUUCAGGUUAAGAACUUUGCUUCAGGAUGAGAACAGAAAUCGUGCUCCGGUGGCGCGGCGGCAGCAGGAGGCCCCAUUAGCUAAAGUGGUGCUUUAGGUUAAGAACAGUUUCAGGUUAAGUACGGACCUCUGGAACGAAUUAAGUACUUAACCCGAGGUACCACUGUAAUGUGUCCUUUUAUUUAAAAUGCAUCUCUGGGUUAUUUGUGGGGCCUGCCUGGUGUUUUUACAUGAGUAAAAUGUGUCCUUUUAUUUAAAAUGCAUCCCUGGGUUAUUUGUGGGGCAUAGGAAUUCGUUCCUAUUUUUCCCCCCAAAAUGUAGUCCGGCCCACCACAUGGUCUGAGGGAUGGUGGACUGGCCCACGGCUGAAAAAGGUUGCUGACCCCUGCUGUGAACUGUAAUUUACCAUUCAUGGACCUACAAUUCUAGCACCUUUAUCAAACUACAGUUCUGAUCAUUAUUUUUUUAGGGUGGGCGAUGUCUGGUGUGUCCUGAAUCUUGCAAACGGACAACUUUGUUUAAAAUGUUGGCAUUUCUGCUAUUUUGACUAGAUGUAUUUAAUGUAUGAGGGACGCGGGUGGCGCUGUGGGUUAAACCACAGAGCCUAGGGCUUGCCGAUCAGAAGGUCGGCGGUUUGAAUCCCCACGACGGGGUGAGCUCCCGUUGCUCGGUCCCUGCUCCUGCCCACCUAGCAGUUCAAAAGCACAUGAAGUGCAAGUAGAUAAAUAGGUACCACUCUGGCGGGAAGGUAAAUGGCGUUUCCGUGCGCUGCUCUGGUUCGCCAGAAGCGGCUUAGUCAUGCUGGCCACAUGACCCGGAAGCUGUACGCUGGCUCCCUCGGCCAAUAAAGCGUGAUGAGCGCUGCAACCCGAGUUGGCCGCGACUGGACCUAAUGGUCAGGGGUCCCUUUACCUUUACCUAUUUAAUGUAUGUAUUUUAGUGCAUUAACUUUCAUAGAAUCAAAGAAUCAUAGAGUUGGAAGGGACCCCAGAGUCAUCUAGUUCAUUCCCUUGCCAUGCAGAAAUCUCAGGUUAAAGCAUACAUGACAGAUGACCAUCCAACCUCUGUGCAAAAACCUCUAAGGAAGGAGAGUCCACAACUUCCAGAGAGAGACUGUUCCACUGUCGAACAGCUCUUACUGUCAGAAAGUUUACCCCCCAAAUGUUUAGUCGGCAUCUCCUUUCUUGUAACGUGAAUUGUAGAGCUGGGUGGAAGUUAUACAACCCCCGAGCCAAGGAGAUGAGUAACUAUACAACCUUUGGAAGACAUCUGAAGGCAGCCCUGUACAGGGAAGUUUUUAAAUGUUUAAUUAUAUUGGAAGCCACCCAGAGUGGAUGGGGAAACCCAGUCAGAUGGGCAGGGCAUAAAUUACUAUUAUUAUUAUGGAAUAAGAUGUCCCUAAAAGGGGACGCGGGUGGCGCUGUGGGUUAAACCACAGAGCCUACGACUUGCCGAUCAGAAGGUCGGCGGUUCAAAUCCCCACGACGGGGUGAACUCCCAUUGCUCAGUCCCAGCUCCUUCCAACCUAGCAGUUCAAAAGCACGUCAAAGUGCAAGUAGAUAAAUAGGUACCGCUCUGGUGGGAAGGUAAACGGCGUUUCCGUGCGCUGCUCUGGUUCGCCAGAAGUGGCUUAGUCAUGACCCGGAAAAACUGUCUGCAGAGCGGACAAACACCGGCUCCCUUGGCCUGUAAAGCGAGAUGAGCGCCGCAACCCCAGAGUCGUUCACAACUGGACUUAAGGGUCAGGGGUCCUUUACCUUUAUGCACAAGGCGGUUUACAAGAUGAAAAACCAACAAAAUAUUUUUUUAUUUUUUUUAAAUGAUUUUUAUUAAGGUUUCAAUAAAAAGUUAGACAGAAAAACAUAGAAAAGAAAUACACAAAUACACAAUACAUAAUCUAAAAAAAGAAGAAAAACACAAAAAGACAAAAAGCAAAGAAAAAAAACAGAGCAAUUAAAAACAAUAUCACUUUUUCAUUUCCAUUUUUGGAUUUACUUAUUUUCUGGACUUCCUCAUACCUCCCUCUUUUGUAUUCCAGUCCAAAUUGUUUGUCCAGCAUUUUCUUUUCCACUUUUUUAAUCCAAAUCUUUAAUCUUAAUGUAAUAUAACAUCAAAAUUUUACCUCUUAAGUACCAAAUUUCCAUUUCCUUAGACUUCUUUAAUCCUAAUCUUUAAUCUUACUGUAAUAUAGCCUUAAAAUUUUACCUCUUAAGUACCAAAUUUCCAUUUCCUUAAACUUCAAGAUGAAAAACCAACAAAAUAAAUAGAACACAUCUUACAACAGUCUGUCCCAAUACAAACAAGUUAAUAAUAAAAAAUAUGACUUAAAAUAAACAACAAUAUUCAACAAUUCAUUAGAAUAUAAUAAUACACAAUAAAAUAAAUUCUCAAAAUACCAGCAAAUAAUAAUUAAAGAGCAAUCCCCCUCAACCAUUAUUCUAAAUAAUUACUAACUUAUUAUCAGCAGAAAUAACAGCUGCAAAUUCCUGCAUUGCAGGGGGUUGGACUACAUGAUCCCCAGGGUCCUUUCCAACUCUACAUUUCUAGGAUUCUAUUGUUUGUAAGCCGCUUUGGCAUUUAUUUGAAUGAAAAGCGGCAUAGAAACUGAAUCAAUCAAUCCAUCCAUCCAUCCAGGGGUCAGGUCCCGAGGCAGUGUGGGGCAAAGAGAAGCCCCUUGCCCUUGGGAAGAUGGUUCUUCUGCUCCUCUGGCGUCUCCUUUCCCCUCUCCAGGUUCCCAUGGGACUUCCGAUAGGCGAGCGCGGCGCUUAAGCCUGCGCGCAACGCCCAGCAGGGGCCGCCCUGAGGCCGAGCGAGGGCCGGCUGCAGCAGCGGCGGCGAAAGGGGAGGCGAGAAGUCAGCGGACGAGUCCCGAGGAAGGGAGGAGGAGCAGGAGGAGAAGGAGGCGUUGCACUGCAGCACCAGCAGCUCCGGACCAGAGAGGAAGGAAAGGGGGAGAGAGAGAAAGACGCGCGCUCCUCGGAGCAGCCGGAGGAAGUGCCGCCGGCUCUGGAUCGCAGCAGCUCCUCUGCCCGCCAAGGCCGUCUCCAAGCGGGGCGCCAAAGCUCCCCACCCUCCCGGCGCCGCGGUCCCCCCGUGCGCAACAGGGCGCGCGUCAUGGCGCACCGGGGUGGCCGGGCGCUCGCCGCCUUUCUCCUCGCUGUCACGGCGGCAGGUAAGCGCGGCGGGGGCUGGAAAGUCAGCAGCGCGCUCCGAGCCUUCCCUCUCUUUUUCAAAAAACCAGGCUUGCCGUCCUUAACCCCGCUUUUCCUUAGGAGGGAGAGAGGCGCGCAGAAGGCGACGCGACUUGCUUUCUUGGGUAGUCAGGGGGAGCGCUGCGCUCUUGGGAGGCGUUGGUACCGGCUUGGAAGCGCACGAGGGGGGCGGCAGAGACCAGAAAGAAACUGGAUGGAAGGAGCCGUCUGGAGGUCCCUGGGAGAAAUGUAGAUUUCUUUACGCGCGCCUUUCCUUCCCCCAAAGAGCGCGAGGACCAGAUUUCCAAGCGCAACGUUUUGGGCUCGAUCGGGCUGCAGUCCCUAAGCACUUGCGCUUGAAAGUAUGGGACGCUGAAACCAGGGGCGCUUACUUGCGAGUAAGGAGGGCCAGGGGAUGCCAGUGAACAGGGCAAUAUUUAGAAGCCGAUGGUUUGCAUUUGAAGGGAUGGUUUGGAGUCCUAAGCACUUGCGCUUGAAAGUAUGGGACGCUGAAACCAGGGGCGCUUACUUGCGAGUAAGGAGGGCCAGGGGAUGCCAGUGAACAGGGCAAUAUUUAGAAGCCGAUGGUUUGCAUUUGAAGGGAUGGUUUGGAGUGAAUGUGGCCAGGCCCAUCAUCUCUCCAGGUUCCUCGAAGGAGGGUGCGCGCGUGUCCUCGUGGACGGGGGUGGGGCACUUAUCGUCAAAUAUUUGGCGGAGAAAGAGGAGAGGUGGUGUGGAAAAUCGAAACUUAAGCGUUGCAAAGGUAGCUCUGUUGCUGGUGAGAGCAGGAAUAUGAAGCAAAGGGUACUGUACCGUGCCCAGAGUUUUACUCAGCAAAUUGCAAUGGACACGGGGUUUAUUUCGUCUCUGUUAGGUAGGUAUGGCUAAGUUGGCUGCCUCCUUGUCAUGGGAUAGCAACUAAGAAGCAAAGGGUUAAAAAAAAAUGUCCCUAAUUUUCCCUUCUAUGAAGUGUCAAGAGUUGUAUACCUGUGAAAAGUUGAGCUGGGGGGCGCAGUCAUCAAUAGCAGAGGGCUAUUUCAUAACUUUUGUAAAAGCCUACAUCUAAAGUGACUGCGUCCAACAUAUAUUUGCAAAUGCACCUAUUGUUUUGGCGUGUUAGUUGAAAAGCCAGGAUUGGCUGCACGUCAAGUAUUAAUUGGGUGGCAAACUCUCACUUAGCUUCUGUUUAUUCCAUUUAUACAUGGAUCAGUGCCACAGUUAGCUUCUUUCCUUGUGUUGCUACAAAUAUCCUAUCCUUCUUAAACCCAGAUCAGUUUUCAAAAUAUUCAUUAGGCUAUUUUAAAUGCUAUACUUAAACAUAGCAACAUACCAGAUACCUAUGCAAACCAUAUAACUGUAAAUAAAUCCCUUUUAGAAUCAUGACAUUUUAGAGUUUGGAGAUCAUUGCAGACGGUUGGUCACUAGACGACUACCAUUCUAUGAAUCUGUAACUCCCUAUUUAGUGUACUUCUGAGAAAACAUGAGUAAAUCCUAACAUAAAAUAUUAGCAUUGCACUGCAUGAUUUCCGUAAUUGGUUAACAGUAGUAGUCACAACAUCACCCAGAAAUAGUAGGCAAACAACAUUCAAUUCUUCAUCACGUAGGGCAGGCAUAUUACAGCAGCACAAACAGAGCUGUGAAGACUGUAUUCCAUGAGCUAAAAAAAUAAGUUUGUACCCAUGUUGUCCCAUUUCUCUUCAAGUUUCUUUGGUAAUCAUUUUGUGUACACAUGGGUUCACCAUUCCCUUUGGCAUCCUGUCUCCGCCACCACUUUUUUUGUUUCGUAGAGAUUCCAUGCUGGGAAAGCUGAAUUGUAACCUAUAGGUAAAGGUAAAGGACCCCUGACAGUUAAGUCCGGUCGCGGAUGACUCUGGGGUUGCGGCACUCAUCUUGCUUUACAGGCCAAGGGAGCCGGCGGUUGUCCUCAGACAGUUUUUCUGGGUCAUGCGCCCAGCAUGUCUAAGCCACUUCUGGCAAAACCAGAACAGCGCACAGAAACGCCAUUUACCUUCCCGCCAGAGCGGUACCUAUUUAUCUACUUGCACUUUGACGUACUUUCUAACUGCUAGGUUGGCAGAAGCUGGGACUGAGCAACAGGAGCUCACCCCGUUGCGGGGAUUCGAACCGCCAACCUUCCAAUCGGCAAGCCCUAGGCUCUGUGGUUUAGACCACAGCGCCACCCGCAUCCCACUGCCACCUGCAUCCCAUAACCUAUAGAUUAUGCCUAUUGGAUAAAUUGGCCUAAAUCUGUUCCUGCUUCCCCUCGCCAUUUCUUCUUCUUUUUCAUAAUUUUUUUGGCUCAUGCAAAGCUUGAUGACGGAUGAAAAACUAAACCCCCAAACACUGGAGUGCCUCCCCCGAAUACCAGGAAAACCUUUUCAGCAACUCCUUGGACUUCUGAGAUUUCAGCAGGUGUUGCCUGCAUACUUUCAAGCAGACUGCUCCAUAAGGGUUAGAGAUUUGCUUUAAAAGGUGGGGUGAAAACUGCAGUCCUAUACACACUUACCUGAGGAUACAUUACACUGAACUCAGUGGAGCUAGCUUUUGAGUCAACAAAGCUGACUUCAAGCUCACAGUACCAUAUUAUUGGGCUUUUCUGUGCUUCUUUGAGGCAUUCAGCUUUAGAGGGAAGCAGCCUAGCUGCCACAGGCUGGGGUUCUUCAAGUCAGACUCAAGAAAGGGCAAAAUUUAUUUGGUCUGAAGUACAGUGGUACCUUUGUUAUCAAACCUAAUCUGUUCCAGGAGUCCGUUCGACUCCCGGAACCCUUCGAAAACCAAGGUGUGACUUCUGAUUGGCUGCAGAAGCUUCCUGCACUCUGUUGGAUGUUGGUUUCCGAAAAACCUUCGCAAACUGGAACACUCACUUCCGGGUUUGCAGCUUUCGGGAGCUGAUUUGUUCUGGAGCCAAGCCGUUUGACAACCAAGGUACCACUGUAUUGGAGUGGUUCGGGCCAGCCAGCCCCAGAAUUGAAGUUUCUCCCAAGCAGUACUAAAAGAAUGGUUCACUUUGUAUUGGAAGUUUCGCGCAGUUUAUCAGGUCAGUUGCCGUCACCAAAGCAAUUUGCUUUCAGGGUCCAAAAUAGUAAAAUUCCAUUGCUCUCCGAAGGUGACUGUCACAGUGCAAAGUACGCAACCGUGAGAUAUUUUUUUCCCUUAAGAAACAGGGGAUAGAUGUAUUGGCCUACCUACAACAUCCAGUAAAUAAUUGAAAGCAGCCAGUGUUACAGCAGAAGGUCAAAAUGUUCAACAUACGAUUCGGAGAAUUACCUUUACAGAGUAACUCAGUACAGGAUUUUGUUCUUGAAGGGAGCUUGGGAGAGAAUGACGCCUUGGUCGCUGGUUGGCAGAACUGCCACAGCGUCAGAGAGAAGCAAGGCUGGGAUCUUUAACAGAUGUGUAAAAGAAGGAAUUUUGGCAACUCCUGCAGCCAAGCUGGUGCCAAAUGUCUUGCUCUGCUUUCCUUGGAACCACAUCAGUAAGAACGAGAGGGGGUGGGUCUUGUCAUCUGGGCAGCCCAGGACCUCCAGACACAGUGCCCAGACCAGCACCCCAGGGAGGUCACUUCAGUGAUUCUAAUGCAGCAGUUUGGCUUCACCCUCAGAGGCACACUCCAUUGUCUCCGGUGAUGCCAGCAAGUGGAUUUAUACUGGACCAUCCCCACAAUAGGACGCGGGUGGCGCUGUGGGUUAAACCACAGAGCCUAGGACUUGCUGAUCAGAAGGUCGGUGGAUCGAAUCCCCGCGACGGGGUGAUCUCCCGUUGCUCGGUCCCUGCUCCUGCCAACCUAGCAGUUCGAAAGCACGCCAGUGCAAGUAGAUACAUAGGUACCGCUCCAGCGGGAAAGUAAACGGCAUUUCCGUGUGCAGCUCUGGUUCACCAGAAGCGGCUUAGUCAUGCUGGUCACAUGACCCAGAAGCUGUACGCCGGCUCCCUCGGCCAAUAAAGCGAGAUGAUCACCGCAACCCCAGAGUCGUCCAUGACUGGACCUUUACCUUUACCUUUUAUCCCCACAAUAUUCCACUUCAUUGGUUUUCCUGCUAUGUUCCCCCAGGUUAACCAUGUUCCUGCUGUCAAGAGGGCCGUACUUGCACUGUACAGUCUUCCUCACACUCUACAAUUUAGCUAAACACAGUUAGUCGCAAGCAGCUUGCUCAAAACAAGUCGCUGAACUUGUUUGGGGCUGCAAGCUGUCUCCAAGGCAGCAUCAUCAAAGCUGUGCUUUUCGUUUUCCCAGUGCCCGCUUUCUGGAUCUUUUCGACAGCGGUGGCAGGCGGCGUCUCCCCAUUCUGAUGCUUGUUGUUGCAUGGUUUUGUGGUUGCCUGGAAACAGAAAGGCUUUUCUGCUUGUUGACAUAAUUUGCGUUAAUUUGCCCUUUCCUUUGUUCCUGCAGUAUUUAUUGUUGUACCAAACAACCUGGGGACCCAGGACUUUUAAGCGAGUCUUGGGACAAGCCCAGCUUGAUGAAAGGUAUCCAGCAGCUUCCACUCUCACAAAGUAUUUUGCAAGCUCACUUGAACCUCGUGCUUUGCUUCAGAGCGCAGUUCCUGACAGUACAAGCCCAUAUGGCACUUUGUCAAAUCUUCCUCUCAGAUAAUCAGCUGCUGUGAGUGGAUCACUCUGUCCUUAUAAAGUCAUACUUCGGGUUACAGACGCUUCGGAUUGCACGUUUUCGGGUUGCACAACACACCGAACCAGGAAGUACCGGAACAGGUUACUUCUGGGUUUUGGCGCAUGUGCAGAAACACUAAAUUGUGCUUUGCACAUGCGCAGAAUUGCAACCUGCAUGAGCAGAGACACGGCGUUGCAGGUUGCAGACGUUCGCAAAACGAGCAUCCGCUGUAUUGCAUUCAGGCUUUUGUCAGAGAUCUGGUUCCUUUUUUUCUUGUUACCAUGAUGUAUGUAUAGACACCUGAAGGACAGAAUUGUAGGGUUGGAAGGGACCCCCCCCGCCCCAAGGGUCAUCUAGUCCAACCCCCUGCAAUUCAGGAAUCUUGACACGCAGCCCUCCAUCCAUUUGAUAACUUUUCAUGCACCUGACAAAGUGUGCAGUAAAACGGUUGCACCUUCAGUGUGAUCCGAAGUGGGUGAACUCAGCUAUGUCAUCCUGGAUAGCUCAGUUGGUUAGAGCGUGGUGCUGAUAAUGCCAAGGUUGCAGGUUUGAUCCCUGCAUAUUCCUGGAUUAAUAAUAAUAAUAAUAAUAAUAUUUUAUUUAUACCCCGCCCUCCCCGGCCAGAGCCGGGCUCAGGGCGGCUAACACCAAUAAAAUCACAGUAAAAACAUAAUAGGGGGAAAAGAGGGUGGGGCAAUUUAAAAUACAGGUUAAAAUGCAAUUUAAAAUGCAGCCUCAUUUUAAAGUAGCUGAUAAAUCAAGACCAUAAGGGGAGGGAAACAUAAGGGUCAGACGGAGUCCAAACCAAAGGCCAGGCGGAACAGCUCUGUCUUGCAAGCCCUGCGGAAGGAUGUCAAGUCCCUCAGGGCCCUGGUCUCAUGAGACAGAGCGUUCCACCAAGUCGGGGCCAGUGCUGAAAAGGCCCUGGCCCUAGUUGAAACCAAUCUAACCUCCUUGAGGCUCGGGACCUCCAAAGUGUUGUUAUUUUGUGAAUCUCAAGGUCCUCCAUUCUAUGAUUGUUUUCGGUUUUCUAAAUAAUCAAGUUAUUUUGCAAAGAGCCAUCUCCUUGCAAUCCAAAAUAGCAUUUUAAUCUUUCUCCCCUGGACUUUUGAAUAGUUUAAAAGUGGUAGCCUGGAUCCCAUUCUGGGGUUUAGCUUCAACUCAGUUACUUGUAAGAAGCAGCAGCUGUUUAUUACUUACCACCUGACUUUAUGGCAUCCUCUGCAUGCGGAAUGACUUUUGGCACCAUGCAAUUCUUGCUUAGUUAUCCUGUAACUUUAUAGGUCCAAAAUUCACCAAGGAAAUUGCAGGCCGCUUUAAGGACACUUUAGCCUUUUGUGAACCUUGCUUGCGUGAAAAGGCGUGCAAACUUUCCUCCUUGCCCCUACUUACCUGGACAGUGAAAACAGUUUAUAAGUCCUACCUUUUCGUGAGUGUUUAUGAGAUCAGCAGGGAAACCUGCUGACCCAAAGCUUUGCGUAUUUUCUCUUUCCACUGUGACACUUGGAUCUUAAGAUUUUUAUUUUGCCUUAAUUUUGUGGAGGGCAAAUAGAUACCUAUUUCCUUCUUGAAUUAGGAAGCCCGGUUCUGACUGCAUCUAGUCAGUUGUGACUUGCCUGAAGUGGGAGAAAUGAAAUGUAACAGUGGUAACUCUUCAUUUUGUUUUUUCUUUUUAAAAACAAAACAAAAACUGCUUCUUAUACAGUGGUACCUCAGGUUAAGUACAGUGGUACCUCGGGUUACAUACACUUCAGGUUACAUACGCUUCAGGUUACAGACUCCGCGAACCCAGAAGUAGUACCUCGGGUUAAGAACUUUGCUUCAGGAUGAGAACAGAAAUUGUGUGGCAGCAGCGGGAGGCCCCAUUAGCUAAAGUGGUGCUUCAGGUUAAGAACAGUUUCAGGUUAAGAACGGACCUCUGGAACGAAUUAAGUACUUAACCCGAGGUACCACUGUACUUAAUUCAUUCCAGAGGUCCGUUCUUAACCUGAAACUGUUCUUAAACUGAAGCACUACUUUAGCUAAUGGGGCCUCCUCCUGCUGCUGCUGCGCCACUGCGCAAUUUCUGUUCUCAUCCUGAAGCAAAGUUCUUAACCCGAGGUACUAUUUCUGGGUUAGCGGAGUCUGUAACCUGAAGCGUAUGUAUCCCAAGGUACCAUCUUUCAGGGCAGAUUUACAAACCUUUGGAUAAACAUAAUAAAUAAAAGCACAAUUAGAAAACAACACAAGCCUUUAUAAAAGCCCAAGAGAAUGAAAGGGUGUCUGGCUGGGACUGAGCCUCCCGGGGGGGCGGGGGGAGAGAGUUUAGAAGAUAGGAGUGGUGUGCAGAAUAAAUCAGCUGACAUUGCACAUGACUGCUCCUAAGGAAUGGGUGUGUGCAUGUGUUGUUUUCAAUUAUAUUUAUUUCAUUUCUCUGUUUUUCUUAAAAAACAUUUUGACAACAAUACAAAUCCAAUAUUACAAUAAACAAAAAUGUUUUGACUCCCUCCCCCCUCCCCUUUUGCGGUUUCUUAUUUUAUUUUAAUUUAUAACACUGCAUUUUCUUCAUUACUCCAAUUAUUAACUACGCCUUGGUUUCCUUUUAAGUUUCAUUUUAACUGUUUGGUUUAAGUUAAUCCUACUAAUGAACUUUGGUGCGUACAAUGCAUUUCAAAUCAUCUACAAUUUCCCCCCAGUCUCUGAUGAAGUUUCUCUCCUCUUAGUUCCAUAUUGCUCCCGUUACAGUGGUACCUCGGGUUACAUACGCUUCAGGUUACAGACACUUCAGGUUUCAGACUCCGCUAACCCAGAAAUAGUACCUCGGGUUAAGAACUUUGCUUCAGGAUGAGAACAGAAAUCGUGCUCCGGCGGCACAGCAGCAGCGGGAGGCCCCAUUAGCUAAAGUGGUGCUUCAGGUUAAGAACAGUUUCAGGUUAAGAACGGACCCCUGGAACGAAUUAAGUUCUUAACCUGAGGUACCACUGUAGUUUAAUCUGCUACUCCUCCUUGGUUGGUACAGAAUCUUCUUUCCAUCUGCGCAGGUGUGAUCCUUCUGACUCCUGUAGAUCUGGGGAACAAAUCUGGGGAUCCAUUUCUGAUCGAUGACCUCCAGGUUCAGUUUAAAAAACAACAACCCACAUUUCAUCAAUGAUAGCCUGUUCCACCCCCACCCCACCCCCACUAUGUUGUAAUGUAUAUUAUAUAUACAUUAAACAUACAUAUAAACAAACAAACAUAUAAACAUUAUAUAUACAUGUGUGUGUGUGUGUGUGUGUAGUGAUUGGUACCCCAAGUCUACCCAAGAUUAUAUCCCUCUAUAUAGAGGUGAGGUGGGUAGCAAUUUUUUGGGGGGGGGGGAGACACCUGCCAUCACCUCUUGACAUCUUUUCAGCCCUCGGCAGAAUAUGUUUUAAUUUUACAGGUGUUUCAGCGUUACAAGUUUCCUACAUUGGAAGGGAUGGCACUAGGCCAGCGGUUCCUAACGAUUUUUUUGGCUAUGCCCCACCUAAGCAUCUCUAAAACCUUGACCCCCCCCCCCCCCCCGUGACAUAUAAUUCUGAUUAUUCAAAAAGUGAGCUCUUAUUCACGUGGAGGAAGCCCAAAAGGCCAUUCACUGUUAAUAACUCAUUCUUUAAUUGCCCCCCUUAAAAAUCAGAUUGCCCCACUGUGGGGUAUCUGCCCCACAUUAGGAACCAUGGGACUAGGCGACCCAAUUCUAUGAUCCCAUGAUGCUAAGUUUCUCAUCUGUGGUAGAAUUUGCAAUGGGUGCUUGUAGCCUGUUGUCAGUUUUACUGUUAUAGUAAUAAUAUUAUAAUAAUUUAUUAUUUAUACCCUGCCCAUCUGGCUGAGUUUCCCAGCCACUCUGGGCGGCUUCCAAUCGGGUGUUAAAAACAAUACAGCGUUAAAUAUUAAAAACUUCCCUAAACGGGGCUGCCUUCAGAUGUCUUUUAAAGAUAAGAUAGCUGCUUAUUUCCUUCACAUCUGAAGGGAGGGCGUUCCACAGGGCAGGGGCCACCACCAAGAAGGCCCUCUGCCUGGUUCCCUGUAACCUCACUUCUCACAAUGAGGGAACCGCCAGAAGGCCCUCGGAGCUGGACCUCAGCGUCCGGGCAGAACGAUGGAUGUGGAGACGCUCCUUCAGGUAUACUGGACCGAGGCCAUUUACGGCUUUAAAGGUCAGCACCAACACUUUGAAUUGUGUUCGGAAACAUACCAUUGUGUUUGGUUAUAUGUUGACACACUCCUGUUGUCGCUGGCCGUUGGCACGGCUUCUGUAGACUUCCGUGAGUAUGUCUUGAUGCUAGGGGAAAGGCAUAAAAAUAUUAAACAGGUAACCUAACUCCUGUGGGCCAAAGCAAAACACUAUAUUUGUGGUGUUGGCCUUCUCACCUGUCCCUGCUGCACACAGAGACGCAUUUCUCCAUACGCAGAGAAAAUAGAUUCCCUGCUAUAUAUGCACACUCUUAGCCACUCAGCCGCCAUAGUGACAAGCAGUUCGUUCCCAUUCCCCGCAGUUUUACAUAGGGACAGCUGUUUCCUGCAGAAACCGCGCAUGUGUUCACAUGCCCUGUACAUAAAUGAGAUACCAGCGCCGUGUGUCUAGAAACGAACUCUCAGCACUCAGCAAUACAGUGGUACUUCAGUUUAAGAACAGUCCUGUUUACGAACGAUUUGGUUUACGAACUCUGCAAAACCGGAAGUAGCGUCCUGGUUUGCAAACUUUACCUUGGUCUAAGAACGGAAGGCGAAUGGCGGAAGGGCACCGGCGGCGAGAGGCCUCAUUAGGGAAAGCGCACCCCGGUUUAAGAACGGACUUCCGGAAUGGAUUAAGUUCAGUAAACCGAGGUACCGCUGUACUUAAUAAUUCUGGAUCUCUUCUGGUUCCCACCAGAAAAAAAUGUGGCACUUUGCUUUGACCCCUGUAAGAAAUCCAUUGCUAUUCUUUUAAAAACCUUAGAUGACUAGUUGUGGGUCCUGCCCCUUUUCUGAAUAAUGGUUCUUCAAAUCCCUGUGGGCUGCAACUGAGAUUUAACUGUUAAGGCAUUUUCUUUUUCUCAUGCACUCGAGGAAAGCUUGUUAAACGCAGGACCGGCGUGCCUUAAGAAACAAACACUCCAUUUUGAAAAGCAGGGUGGCGAAGAAUAAUUUAGAAGGAUUUGAUGCUAUGAACUGUUGUCUUAAUGAGAUCAAAGCUCAUGCUGAGAUGAAAGCUACAAAAUGAGCCAGUUGCCUCAUUAUGGGUUUAAAUUCUGAACUAGUGCCCUGUUGCUGCUUUAAUGUACAGGCGGGUGACAGCAAACUAAACAAUUUCAGAAAUCGGAAGCCUGGCUGCUGGAACCUGAGGGCACUGUGGUGACAUGAAAAUAAUACCGUAUUUUUGCUCUAUAAGACUCACUUUUUCCCUCCUAAAAGUAAGGGAAAUGUGUGUACGUCUUAUGGAGCGAAUGCAGGCUGCACAGCUAUCUCAGAAGCCAGAACAGCAAGAGGGAUUGCUGCUUUCGCUGCACAGCGAUCCCUCUUGCUGUUCUGGCUUCUGAGAUUCAGAAUAUUUUUUUUCUUGUUUUCCUCCUCCAAAAACUAGGUGUGUCUUGUGGUCUGGUGCGUCUUAUAGAGCGAAAAAUACGGUAAUCAUUCAAUAAGUUCAACAUUUAGCAGCAUGGCUUUUGAGCCCACUUGAGAACCCAAAAUGUUUGCUUUUACAGUUCUUUUUGGAGUUCCCCGCUAUAGAGCUGAUAUCUUGAGUUCUUGGGGUCAGUAGAGACGCAAUUCCAUCUCCUUUGUUUGGCAACCGUUGAGAAGCCAUCCUUUUAAAACCGCUUUGGACAAAAUGGGAACUGUGUGGAAGGACGAUACUGCCUCUCAGGCCAGUACUUCCCUCAGACUGAAACAGGGCUCCACGAUCUUUUCAGGCUCAAGGGCGGAACAUUCCGGAAAUAUAAGGAACCGUCACAGUCACCAAAAAAUGUACCCAUUUCACAGAAGAAGGAUGUUGUUGUUCAGUCGUUUAGUCGCGUCCGACUCUUCGUGACCCCAUGGACCAGAGCAUGCCAGGCACUCCUGUCUUCCACUGCCUCCCGCAGUUUAGUCAGACUCAUGCUGGUAGCUUCGAGAACACUGUCCAACCAUCUCGUCCUCUGUCGUCCCCUUCUCCUUGUGCCCUCCAUCUUUCCCAACAUCAGGGUCUUUUCCAGGGAGUCUUCUCUUCUCAUGAGGUGGCCAAAGUAUUGGAGCCUCAGCUUCAGGAUCUGUCCUUCCAGUGAGCACUCAGGGCUGAUUUCCUUAAGAAUGGAUAGGUUUGAUCUUCUUGCAGUCCAUGGGACUCUCCAGAGUCUCCUCCAGCACCAUAAUUCAAAAGCAUCGAUUCUUCGGCGAUCAGCCUUCUUUAUGGUCCAGCUCUCACUUCCAUACAUCACUUUUGGGAAAACCAUGGCUUGAACUAUACAGACCUUUGUUGGCCAGGUGAUGUCUCUGCUUUUUAAGAUGCUGUCUAGGUUUGUCACUGCUUUUCACCCAAGAAGAAGGAUAGGCACUGCUCAAACUGGCAAAACACACACAAUGCCCCGAACUACCAAAACACAGGGGAAAACAAACAGGCAAUACCCCACCACCAUAUUGGGGGGGGGGGGGUGCUCAACACCAAAAUAAUAAUUAAUAAUAAGGAAAGCAAUAUACACCAUUCCCCAAAAAAACACCCACACACAGACCCGCCCCAACACAACAGGGAUUCCAGCAGAGAAUGACAAGAAAGAAGGUGGGCUGUUGGUUGGCCUACACUUCAUUUCCAGUCAGUCCAACCACUGUCCCAAAAAAAUUAAAUGGCAGCCGCCAAGGACAACGGGUGCUUCAGGCAAUCUGUUCGAUUGAGCCUACACCCUGAUUUGUUGGCGCAAAGUUUGCAAGGAGGAUAGACAGCAUCAACUAUAUUUUGAUCAUUCAUUCUGAUUUGCUUGUGGGGAGGUUAGACGAUUCUGCGCCAAGGAGUUGUUUUUGUGUGUGUGUGUUUUCAUUUUUUUUUAUUAAUUUUCCAAAUUUAUAACAAACGGAUAGGAAAAAGAAAAUAAAAAAACAAACAAACCAACAAACUUUAUCCUGAUUUUAGUAAUUCCACUUUUGUUAACAUUGUUAAGUGACUUUCUCGAAUCCCCCCCUGGCUGAGUUUCCAUAUAAAUCAUUGUAACAGUUUUCCAAAACUACUUUCACAUACUUGGUCAAUUAACAUCUUACCUUCUUUUCAUUUUUAACUUUAACAUAAUGUUUUACACAUCACAUUUUCAAAUCCUAGGCCUAUUUGGUACUCGCAAGUAAUUCUGUUUAUAUUAUCUUAACAUAUUUAGCUAAAUAGUCUUUAAUUUCUUCCACUCCUCUUGGUGCUCCUCCUCCCUCUGGUCAUGGACACUUCCGGUCAGGUCGGAUAGCUCCGAAAAUUCCAUCAUCUUCAUCCUCCAUUCCUCCACUGUUGGUACUUCUUGUAAUUUCCAAUUUUUGGCCAGCUAAAUUCUAGCUGCAGUUGUGGCAUACAAAAACAAUCUAACAUCUUUUGGGGGCAAUUCCAAAUCUAUUAUUCCAAGUAGAAAGGCUUCUGGUUUCUUAAGAAAUGUAUAUUUCAACAUUUUUUUCAAUUCAUUAUAUAUCUUUUCCCAGAAGUCUUUCACCUUGGGGCAGGUCCACCACAUAUAAUAAAAAGUACCUUCUUUUUCUUUACGUUUCCAACAUAGGUUAUCAGGCUUAUGGUAAAUCGUUGCUAAUUUUACAGGGGUUAAGUACCAUCUAUACAUCAUUUUCAUAACAUUUUCCUUUAACACCGUGCAUGCAGUGAACUUAACCCCUUUCCUCCACAACCUUUUCCAGUCUUCAAACAUUAUAUUGUGUCCAACAUCUCUUGCCCAAUCGUGCGCCAAGGAGUUGUUAUCCCACACUUAUCUAGUGCAUUUUCCCAUCCCUUUCCCCAUAGCUUUUGCUACACGGUCCGCUUUUAAAUGCAUAUUCAUAGUGGAAACACCGUACGAAAACAGGCUAUGUGCUGUCGCAGUCGAGGCCAAGCCUGCCAGAGGAGUUAUCGGCUGGCUUGCACAGUGCUUUGGUGACAGAAAGCAGAGACCAGUAAACUCAAUAAAAUAGGCCUGGCAGUGAAGCUUAUUAAUGUGGUGAUGGGAUGUCAUCUCCUAAGCAGCAGCUGCCCAGAACUAUAGAGCUAUAGAGAGUGAUUUACGCAAGACCGAGAGGGAUGCGUGACUCCAAGAAUAUGCAAUCUAAUUACUUGGAGGGAAUGCAGGCUGCUCUCAAUCGUAAACAGAUAAGCCUUUCUUACGGGAAACUUAGAAGAAACCUUCCCUUCUUCAACUCCCAGUAUAACAGAGUAUGCUGGGGAAAAAGAUUAUAGCUCAGUAUUGCUGUCCCUGCAAAAAAUAUCCUCUUGCCAAAUCCUGGGAUUUUCAGAAAACUUUGCGUGGCAGCCAAAAAGGCACAGAGGGGUUUGAGACACUGACCUGUUUCCUACUGGUGGGGGCAUGUUUAAAAGUCACCUGCAGAUAGAAAACUGGUAUAUCAAGGAGAAUAUUCUGCUGGAAUUCUCCCCGGCAGCUGGUUUUCCAGGUCCAGGGAUUUGGAGGGCAGAAAUGCGUGGCAGGGCAUUUCGCCAUGCAAAUUCCGGGUCUGUUGGGGUACAUCCUCAGACAUAGGCAUAGGUUUAGCAUCUCAGCGAGAAUUUAGUCCUCUCGGGCAGCAUGUUCCGGUGGUUGUCAUCCAUUCAAGAUCAGAACUGGUUGCUGUUGUUACAGCGGCAAGUGGUUUUGAGUGCCUUGCUGCCUAACCCAGGGGUCCCCAAACUAAGGCCCGCAGGCCAGAUAAGGCCCGAGGAACUCGUUUAUCCGGUCCGUAGCGACCUCCGCUGCCUGCUCUUACCAGCACUGCACUGCGCCACUGCCCACUUCCGGGUCGGAGGAGCACUGGAAAUAGCUUGUGCGCAUGCACAAGCGUUAUUUGGGCAUGCACAAGGGUUAUUUGCACAUGCACAAGCGUUAUUUCUGGUGCAUAUCCGGGUCGGAGGAGGCCCGUGCACAUUCGCACAAGCUACUUCCGGUGGUCCUCUGACCCGGAAGUGCGCCGGAAAUAGUGUGUGCACACGUGUAUGGGCACGCGCUCCCCCGCCCUCUGGCCCACCGUGCGAUCGGUGCUGAAGACACCUGCCCGAAGCACGGUACGUUUGCUGACCCCUGGCCUAACCCACGACGUGCGAAUUUAGAGACUGGCUGUUGUUCCCCCACACGCUAUAGGGCUGUUGCAUCAGAUUGAUUGCAGUUUAGCAUAUAGCCUCUCAAGUCUUCCAUCUCCCAUAAAGCCGUCCUCCAAAGGAAAGUCUUAAUAUAUCUAUGCUGGUGCCAAUUCUGCAACAUAACGCAGCAGAGAGUUCAGGGGCAUUAAUCUCAAUCGAUAUAAAAGCAGCAGAAAACAAACUCACUUUGUCGUUCCCCUCAACUACCACUCAGUACUUAACUUUGGCUGGAUAUAAAUUAUGUCAUGAAAUGUGCUUUAUGACAUUUAUGCCUGCCUCAAACACAGCAAGGGAAAACCUGAAUGUAGUAAGUGCUUAAAAUCAUAGAAUUGGCCCUCCAGCUGUUUUGGGACUACAGUUCCCAUCAUCCCUGACCACUGGUCCUGUUAGCUAGAGUUGAUGGGAGUUGUAGUCAAAAAACAGCUGGAGGACCAAGUUUGACCAUCACUGAGCUGGAGAGUAGGCCUAGAAACAAGUGCUUAUCAGCAGAUGGACAGUUCCAGCAAAGGAAACGACAAGUGAAAAAUAAGCAACCCAUGUUUUAACAAUGCAUUGCAAAAGCGAUUAUUAGCUGCAGAAAGGCGAUAGUGUGUUCUCUCAUCAAAAUAAUAAAAACACCUGGAUCCUGCUGCUGUCUGAUUUUAGUACUGUAUUUUUCGCUCUAUAAGACACACCAGACCACAAGACGCACCUAGUUUUUGGAGGAGGAAAACAAGAAAAAAAAUAUUCUGAAUCUCAGAAGCCAGAAAAGCAAGAGGGAUCGCUGUGCAGCGAAAGCAGCAAUCCCUCUUGCUGUUCUGGCUUCUGGGAUAGCUGCGCAGCCUGCAUUCGCUCCAUAAGACGCACACACAUUUCCCCUUACUUUUAGGAGGGGAAAAGUGAGUCUUAUAGAGCAAAAAAUACGGUAUAUGCCCAUCAUAUGGAUAGAGAUUAUCACAAGAGCAAUUCACACCACCUUUGUCCAUUUUUAAAGACUUGGCGUGAGAGAAUUUGCUCAGCGGUUAAAGCAAAAGCUUAAGUUUGAUUUAAAAAUAGGAGAACGCAUUGGGGCUCACAGGUCAUCAGGGUGUGGGGUGGGAAUGGGGUUGCCUCCUGCAGCCAAUUGGAAACCGCAUCUUGGUUUUUAACAGUACCGGGAGUCGAAUGGACUUCUGGAACCCAUUCUGUUCAAGAACCAAGGUACGGCUGUACUACAAGUUUCAGCCGGAGGACCAAGAUUCUAUAUAACUGGAUAUAAGCACACAUGUAUGCUAAAAUUUGUUCCAGUGGCCUCUUCCAUUUGAGCAAGGUGUCAUUCCAUUUGAAACAUUUUCCGUCAUUUCUCAAUGUACUCUGGUGCUUGAACCAGAGGUCACAUUUACGUAAAACCCUCAAUUUGAGAUAUCCCGAAGCUAGGGGAUGGUCUCCACAGAGCAGAUAAAAUAAAAGGGAAAACAGAAGAAUUUUUAAAUAAUAGCAUCUACUGCCGCCAUUGUGCGACUAAAUGCCAUAUCUCUGGAAUGGAAGGGCCAGACAAGGCGUGAUCCGAAUUUUCCACAUGCAUCCGGCUUGUUUAUUUGUGUUAACUUCAAAGCAGCUAUAGGAGACUGUAAGCUUUGAUUAAGGAAUUGGCACUGGGGGAGGGGGUCUGAUCCUUUUCUCCCAUGGUAUUUCCCUGAUUUAAUCCCCCCACCCCUUGCAAAACAUAACAGAAAACCCCUUAUUAUCUUCACAGGGUGAAAAUAGCAAGGUGCAAUGUCAGGCUCAAAUAGCAGGUUUGGGAGGGCAGAUUUUAGAUCAGGGAAAUAGCUGUGUCACAUAUAGUUUCACCCUGCCUUCAGCAAACACAACACUCAACCUUGCGACGUCAGCACAGGUUAAAUUUCCCAGCAAAGACCUUAUUAAGCAGAGAGUUAAAAGAAAGUGAUUUUGGGGGGGUUGGCUGCGGAAAGUAAGUAAGAGGAAAGUCAUCUUGACAUUUUACUGUACCGAAAUGAAGAUGUGAAAUUAAGUGUCCCGAUAACAAUAAGCUACAGAGCAUUUUAGUAACGGCCAGUUCGUGACAGCCUCUUGCAAGGUCUUUCCACCCUCAAAGCAGACAUAUCUGCCUUGUCUCUGUUUUCCUGCCCUUUGCAUGUGUUCUGUCAAUUACGGAAUGUUACAGGCUUGUCAUCAAGCAAAUCUUGAUUGUAUUUUGGCAAUGCCUAGGUUUGAAAACCAGUUCAGACAUCCCUGUGGGUCUGCUAUCGCGGCUCGUAGCUGCAGCAAGGCAACGUCUCAAGUUACAGACUUCACAGAAAAUUACAGCGGCUACUGUAUUUCCGUGGCUUGAAACAUAACAAUAUGCUUCCCUCCCUCCCUCCCUCUCUCUCCCCCCCCCCCAUUUUGUCCCUACAUCAAACCUUAAUUGCUGCAGGAAAUCAUUCAGAAUAUAAUGGCUCUACCAGCAUUCUGUUUCUGGAUUCAAUCCCACUCAGGGCUGAGGGCCAGACAGAAACAUUAUAGGCUUGAUAAGGAUAUCUGGCUGUUUGGGUUUUUUUGCUCAUUCACAACCCUGUAGGGACACUCUGCCCUGCAGAUCAGAGAGGUGAAGCUCUGGGAUAUGGUUUUGACUCUUUUCCUUCUGUGAUUCAUCCCACCUAAACCAGGCAUAGGCAAACUCGGCCCUCCAGAUGUGUUGAGACUACAAUUCCCAUCAUCCCUGACCACUGGCCCUGUUAGCUAGGGAUGAUGGGAGUUGUAGUCCCAAACAUCUGGAGGGCCGAGCUUGCCUAGGCCUGCCCUAAACUAGCUCUGCAAAGGGGGGAAAGGCGAGGAUAGGGGAGAUUUUUCACUGGAGAAAAAAUUCCAUUGCAGACAUGAGGAAUAGUAUAAUCCCACCAUCAUAGAGCCUUGUACCAAGUGAGACCAUUGGCUCAUCCAAUUGCCAAUCAGACUGGCAUCUUUUCCAGCCCUGCAUGCAGCUACUGGGGACUGGGGAGAGGACAUUUUGCGUGCAAAACAUGUGCUUUAACCCUCCCAUCUUUAGCACCCCUGGAGUUUGGAUUUGGAGGAGUUUGGAUUUGAUAUCCCGCUUUAUCACUACCCGAAGGAGUCUCAAAGCGGCUAACUUUCUCCUUUCUCUUCUUCCCCCACAACAAACACUCUGUGAGGUGAGUGGGGCUGAGAGACUUCAGAGAAGUGUGACUGGCCCAAGGUCACCCAGCAGCUGCAUGUGGAGGAGCGGGGAAUCGAACCCAGUUCACCAGAUUUCGAGUCCACCGCUCUUAACCACUACACCACGCUGGCUUCCACCCUGGUGGAAUUAUAGCAAACGGAAUGACCAAUAUAAAAUGAAUAUGAAUGAACUUUAUUACGGUCACAGACCAGGAUAAAAAACAAACGAAACAAACAAACAAACAAAAAAUAUAAAUAAAAUAGCAGUUAGGAUUUAUUUUUUAACCAAUAAUUGUUAGAGCAAAUAAGGACAAAGAAACAAGCAUAAGAUAAAACAUCUGAAUAAAAUACAAGAUUAAACACGGAUAAUGGAUGGAUAAAAACUGAUAAUUAAAACAGAUAAGAACUAAAAACAAAUAAAAACACGCAGUUAAGACAACUGUAAGAGCAUAAGAACUAAAAGGCUCGCAGUUAAAACAAGUAUAAGAGGCUGCAGAGUAGAAGCCUCUGAAAUAGAGGACACUCACAACAUUAGAAACCGACAAUUAAAACAGACAAUUAAAACAAUGUGAAACAAUAAAUUUAGAAACAAUGUACAACAAUAAACUAUCUCAGGGAGUUGACUCAGAGUCACCCAUGGAACCGAGUUUGGGGAUUUUCAUGCCGGACUAUUUUGAGUUGGGCGAUGGUCUGCGUCUACAGAUUUGUACACAGAAUCUGGCGACCAGAUAAUGAAUAUGAUUCCACAAAGCAAUUUGCUACCAGACUCUUGCAUUGCUAAAGCUACUAGGGCUGCUGCUGUAUUUCUCUGAAGGGGACUGGAUAAGGACCGGUAGGGUGGAGAAGUCAACGUCUUUUAUCUGUUCACCGUCACAGUUUGGAGUGGCCCUCAUAACUCCUCCUCUGUUGCCGUUGCUGCUUUUCCAGAGAAUCUUUGGCAACCCAAAACCCUUAUCAAGCGCCAACCAGCUAAUGCAGAAAGACAGAUGGAGCAAACAGGCCUUUCACCAGCCAGUGAGAUCCGAAACUUAUUAUUUCUUGAAGGGCACUUUGAAAAUAAAAUAAAAUUACUCCCUUCUACUUCUUGUCUUGGGAGAAAGGUGAUGGCAAACCUAGACAGCAUCUUAAAAAACAGAGACAUCACCUUACCAACAAAGGUCCGUAUAGUUAAAGCCAUGGUUUUCCCAGUAGUGAUGUAUGGAAGUGAGAGCUGGACCAUAAAGAAGGCUGAUCGCCGAAGAAUUGAUGCUUUUGAAUUCUGGUGCUGGAGGAGACUCUGGAGAGUCCCAUGGACUGCAAGAAGAUCCAACCUCUCCAUUCUGAAGGAAAUCAGCCCUGAGUGCUCACUGGAAGGACAGAUCGUGAAGCUGAGGCUCCAAUACUUUGGCCACCUCAUGAGAAGAGAAGACUCCUGGAAAGACCCUGAUGUUGGGAAAGAUUGAGGGCAUAAGGAGAAGGGGACGACAGAGGACAAGAUGGUUGGACAGCGUUCUCGAAGCUACAAACGUGAGUCUGACCAAACUGCGGAGGCAGUGGAAGACAGGAGUGCCUGGCGUACUCUGGUCCAUGGGGUCACGAAGAGUCGGACACGACUAAAUGACUAAACAACAACAACUUCUUGCCCAUAUUCCUGUCCACCAGGCAGCCCAGAAACCUAAACCACUGAUAAGAAGUGUAAUAACAAGUAGCCCCAAAACCUAGUUAAAUUUUGAUCGGCAGUAACAAACAUUAAAAACAACUAUUCAGCCUUCUGAGGGUUGGGAGUAAGGAAGCUGACAGACUUCAGACUGAGAAGCCACUAUAUUGUGUCAAAAGCUAUCCCACACCCAACUCCCAAACGCAGUUUCAGUAACUUGACCUGAAGAUUAUAGUAAAUGCUAAAACCAAAAGGCUAAAACCUUAGACUUCCCAGUUCUCAGGGCAAAUGUAUCCUGUUGUAGAAUUUUUUUAAGCCAAGCUGUUUAUCUGCUGGAGGCAACCUAGAAGGCAGGUUAAUUGCAUAUGCUGUCUGUUUAUAUAUAGACCAUUACACAUGCUUUUUAAAAAGUCAGGCUGGGUUAUUUUCCAUCGGCUACUUAUUUCGUUGUUGGAUGCUGGUCACUGGCUGGAGUUAGCCAGGGCCUUUUUUUUUAAUUAUUGUGUUUGCAUUUGAAAAUAAUUAAACCAAGGCAAUGCAUUAAUCAGACUGUAGGGACAUUGUUGUUGUUGUUUAGUUGUGUCCAACUCUUCGUGACCCCAUGGACCAGAGCACGCCAGGCACUCCUGUCUUCCACGGCCUCCCGCAGUUUAGUCAAACUCAUGCUGGUAGCUUCGAGAACACUGUCCAACCAUCUUGUCCUCUGUCGUCCCCUUCUCCUUGUGCCCUCCGUCUUUCCCAACAUCAGGGUCUUUUUCAGGGAGUCUUCUCUUCUCAUGAGGUGGCCAAAGUAUUGGAGUCUCACCUUCACGAUCUGUCCUUCCAGUGAGCACUCAGGGCUGAUUUCCUUCAGAAUGGAGAGGUUGGAUCUUCUUGCAGUCCAUGGGACUCUCAAGAGUCUCCUCCAGCACCAUAAUGCAAAAGCAUCAAUUCUUCGGCGAUCAGCCUUCGUUAUGGUCCAGCUCUCACUUCCAUACAUCACUACUGGGAAAACCAUAGCUUUAACUAUACGGACCUUUGUUGGCAAGGUGAUGUCUCUGCUUUUUAAGAUGUUGUCUAGGUUUUAUGCUGUAGGAACAUAGGAAGGUACUUUCUACAGAGUUGGACGCUGGACUCUGCUAGCCCAGUUUUCCCUACUUGGACUGGCAAGCAAGCGCUGCAAUUGGUCUCAGCGCUACCCGGAGAUGUCUUACCACUGUUCUCCAGCCACGUCCCCAUACAUUUUUAAUAUACUGUACUGGUAUCAAAGGGACAUGGGGAGCGCUGUGGCCUAAACCACUGAGCCUUGGGCUUGCCAAUCAAAAGUUCGGCGGUUCGAAUUCCCACGACGGGGUGAGCUCCCGUUGUUCGGUCCCUGCUCCUGCCAACCUAGCAGUUUGAAAGCAUGCCAGUGCAAGUAGAUAAAUAGGUACCACUCUGGCAGGAAGGUAAACAGCGUUUCCAUGCGCUGCUCUGGUUUCACCAGAAGCGGCUUAGUCAUGCUGGCCACAUGACCCGGGAAAACUGUCUGCGGACAAACGCCGGCUCCCUCGGCCUGUAAAGCGAGAUGAGCACCGCAACCCCAGGGUCGUUCGUGACUGGACUUAACUGUCAGGGGUCCCUUUACCUUUACCUUUUUACUGGUAUCAAAAUACAGUGAUACCUCAGGCUACAUACGCUUCAGGUUACAUACGCUUCAGGUUACAGGCUCCGCUAACCCAGAAAUAGUACCUCGGGUUAAGAACUUUGCUUCAGGAUGAGAACAGAAAUCGUGCUCCAGCGGCACGGCAGCAGCAGGAGGCCCCACUAGCUAAAGUGGUGCUUCAGGUUAAGAACAGUUUCAGGUUAAGAACGGACCUCCAGAACAAAUUAAGUUCUUAACCCAAGGCACCACUGUAAUGACACCUUGCUCAAACAAAAGUGAGGGAAGUCUUACUUGUCAAAAUACCCUCAUCACUAUCAGUGCAAUCGUAUGUUCCUCUGCCUUGGGAUCAUGUUUUUGAGGGGUGGUUUUUGCAGUAUGGCUGACUCAAGAGGAAGCCACCUCAAUUCUCACAGGAAUUUUGCAACCGUAUCUCUGGACCUUUUAAAGUAAGAUUGGGUGUGGAUGUAUUUAUACAGUUGUUGGUAAAUAUGGCACUUUGGAAUAGAAGCAGGACUGGCUAUCUAAUACAUGACUGGUGGGGAGGCAGUGAUUGGCUGCUGAGCCUGUUUUUGACUUUCUGCAAGUUACAAAGCCAGAAUUAACACCAUGGAUGAUGAACCUGCUGUGCUGCCUUGUUAAAUAUUGCAGUGGCGUAGCGUGGGUUGUCAGCACCCGGGGCAAGGCAAGUAAUUUGCGCCCCCUAACCCGUGGAUUUGUGCCCCCUAACCCCCAGAUGUUGCGCUCGGUGCGGCCGGCCCCCCCUGCACCCCCCACGCUACGCCACUGAAAUAUUGCAUCUAUAUUCACUCUUAAAUGGAAAACACCUGCCGUGACCAAUUCACUUGAAGCUUAAAAAUAACUUCUUUGAAAUCUUAGGGGUGGGAGAAAUUUGUGGAUUAUCUGAAAUGCUCAGAUCAGUGUCUUCUGGUCUGAAUGUGUGAGGGAACAAACAGACGUAUUAACCAUCUCAGAAGGACUGGAAAGUUUUGAUGCUAGCUAUUUUUCAUUGCCACCAGAGAGAAGUACAGAAGGUUCAGGAAUUUCAUUCAUGAACAUGUAGUCCUCCUAGCACAAAAGCGAUAAUGACUUUUAAUAGAUAUGCUUCCACAGGGACAAAAGAAAUUGUUCUUGAGUGCGUAUAUUAUUAACCCCACAGGGCAGUUCUGCAUUUUUCAGUGACGGUUCUUGACAGUACAAUUCCUGUCAAGCAAGUGGACAGAGAAACAAUUGGCAUAAUUUCAGGAUCUAGUUCUGUCCAAAGACAGGCACAUGUGACAUGAUUGAAUACUACCCAGGUCCAAAUAAAUAAUAAUUAUGUUGUUUGAUUUUAUGAGUGGGUUGCUCUGGUUAUCUCCUGCUUGGAUUACUGCAAUGCGCUCUACGUGGGGCUCCCUUUGAAGGUGACCCGGAAACUACAACUAAUCCAGAAUGCGGCAGCCAGAGUGGUGACUGGGAGUGGCUGCCGAGACAACAUAACUCUGGUCUUGAAAGACCUACACUGGCUCCCAGUAUGUUUCCGAGCACAAUUCAAAGUCUUGGUGCUGACCCUUAAAGCCCUAAUCAGCCUCGGUCCAGUAUAUCUGAAGGAGUGUCUCCACCCCCAUCUUUCUACCCGGACACUGAGGUCCAGUGCCGAGGGCCUUCUGGCAGUUCCCUCACUGCAAGAAGCCAAGUUACAGGGAACCAGGCAGAGGGCCUUCUCGGUAGUGGCACCCGCCCUGUGGAACGCCCUCCCACCAGAUGUCAAAGAGAACAACAACUACCAACCGUCUGGAAGACAUCUACAGGCAGCCCUGUUGCGGGAAGCUUUUAAUGUUUGAUAUAUUACGGUAUUUUAAUAUUUUGUUGGAAGCUGAGCAGAGUGGCUGGGGAUGCCCAGCCGGAUGGUGAGGUAUAAAUAAUAUAUUAUUAUUAGUAUUAUUAUUAUUAUUAUUAUUAUUGCCUAACCAUACUGUUGGGACACAGGUGGCGCUGUGGGUUAAACCACAGAGCCUAGGCCUUGCCGAUCAGAAGGUCGGCGGUUUGGAUCCCCAGCGACGGGGUGAGCUCCCGUUGCUUGGCCCUUGCUCCUGCCAACCUAGCAGUUUGAAAGCACGUCAAAGUGCAAGUAGAUAAAUAGGUACCACUCCGGCGGGAAGGUAAAUGGCAUUUCCGUGCGCUGCUCUGGUUUGCCAGAAGCGGCUUAGUCAUGCUGGCCACAUGACCCGGAAGCUGUACGCCGGCUCCCUCGGCCAAUAAUGCAAGAUGAGCGCCGCAACCCCAGAAUCGGUCACGACUGGACCUAAUGGUCAGGGGUCCCUUUACCUUUAACCAUACUGUUACGUUGGGUUUCAUUUUCCACGAUUGAAAUCAAUGUAACAGUGGGUGAGGAGAGAGGCUUUCUGGCAGAGCCAGCGCACCCAUGAGGAAAAGUUAGGGGACCCUCAGGCCUCAGGAUCCACAGAGGCAGCCGGCCUCCAAGGAACGCAUAGCCUCUUGCUGCUGAAUCAGUCACCUUCUUGGCUGACUCCACAAUGCCACCUGUACAGCCAUCUCUUGGCAAACACUCUUGGCCAGUGUUCGAUAUUAGCCAGGCGCCUGGCACAUUUUGGACCGGGCUAUCAGCCACUUGCGACCAAGUGAAGAUGCCUUACAUCUCCACCAUCUGGAGGUGUAUGCUGGGAUGGUCGGAUGGUGACUGGCUCCACACACUAAUACCCCACCUUGUAAAAUUCUAGCAGUUGUGUUUUAUCUGCACAAUCGGAGUGAAUUUCAUGAAGCAAAAUGCUGCCUCUGUGCAGCCUGAGCAGGAGCGGCAAACAGUUGUUGUAGCUUAUUUUUACUUACUUACCCCCCACAAUGCCCUCCCCACAGUUGUGAAUAAUAUUCUUAUGUUAUGAAUGGACUGUUAAGAAAAAGAGGUAGGGAUAAUCUAUGUCCCUGAAUCAAGUGACUUCUUCCUUAUCAGAGUUCUCAACCUAGUUCAAGGUUGUCUUCUAAAUUAGCCAUAUGUUUAACUAACAAUACAAUCAGUCCUUCAUUUGAAAAAUAAGAGUCUAUAGCUGUCUUGCCCCCAAACAGCAACUAGAGGUUCUGUUUUGGAGACUGCAACCCUGGUUUAAGGUUCCGUUUGGCACCUAGCCUCUAUAUCUGAGUUUCUAACACUGAGCACUGCUGAUGUACAUCCUUUUCUCCCCUUGUUCCUGAUGUAAAGGUAAAGGUAAAGGGACCCCUGACCAUUAGGUCCAGUCGUGACCGACUCUGGGGUUGCGGCGCUCAUCUCGCUUUAAUGGCCGAGGGAGCCGGCAUACAGCUUCCAGGUCAUGUGGCCAGCAUGACUAAGUCGCUUCUGGCGAACCAGAGCAGUGCAUGGAAACUCCAUUUACCUUCCCGCUGGAGUGGUACCUAUUUAUCUACUUGCACUUUGACGUGCUUUCGAACUGCUAGGUUGGCAGGAGCAGGGACCGAGCAACGGGAGCUCACCCCGUCGCAGGGAUUCGAACCGCUGACCUUCUGAUCGGCAAGUCCCAGGCUCUCUGGUUUAACCCAUAGUGCCACCUGCGUCCUGAUGUAGAUCUUCACUUUUUCUUUCCUGGCUAGGGGUACAUUGGGGGGUGGGAGAGAGAAGUACCAUUUUGCGGUUUGCCUCAGGUGCCAAAAUGUCUUGGGCCGCCCCUGCUUGCUGGGAAAAUGAAAAUCUUGGAUGAAAGCAGAUUUCCCAUUCGCAGAGCAAUAGGCAAAGGGAGCUGGAAUUGCAUUCGUUAUAAAUUUUUCAAGAUGAACGAUAAAAGCGUCCUGCGGCUUUUUAGAAUCUGCUCCACUCAACUGAGGGAAACCACAGCUGUGGCUGACACCAGUUGGCAGGCACAACUUCCCUGUCAAUCGCUGGAGUAGUUUGGCCGGUUCGGAAAGUUUUCACUUUUUGUCUAACGAAGGGCGAGCAAAUAAAGCCAGGAUGGGUGGGCUGCUUUCGCUUUAGUUUUAUUUAAAGCUAAACCUUGAGGCCUGAGGGGAGAAGCCAAGAUCGAGGGAGGAGCCGGCAUUCACCUUGCUGGCAUGCAACUGCGGCGGGGACAAAUUGCAAAGUCAUACUAAGCUCUGUUCUUGCUCUGUGGGCGGAAAACGCGCUGCGGUCCCCGUUGCAAUGUUACGCCUGUCUUCACCCUUUGAAAACAGGAAGUUAAUUGGGCUUGAUUUAGCGACGCAGACUCCGCUCGCUCCAGAAUGAAUGAGCUAAGGUCCAGCUCGAUGGGACAAAUGCGACGUUUGGGCAAGCAGAUACUAAGCAGGGUUCAGUGAGUGCUUUGCCAAACGAAAAGGAAGCCGGGAGUCUUAAAUUUUCCACCAGUUGGAUUUUGCAGCAUGGAUGGGCUGAUAAGAUUUGCCUGUGUCCCUUAUUUUUUCACAGUUGACUCUGCUAAUGCGAGUCGGGGUGGAGCGUGGGGAGAAGCUAGGAAUUAUGGAGGCACCGUCUAGCCCCUGACAACUGAAUCCUUGAUCCACAGAGGGCUGAGUUAGAGCCAAGAGAACUAGAAGUUGUGAGGAUACAGCCUACUUGGGUCUCAUCCCAGUCACAAGGGGAGAUGGAGAAGAGCCCCAAACCAGUUAAGAGGGGUGUGGUGACCCUCUGUGUCCGUUACACUGCUGGAAGCACCUCAGGAGUGUGGUUGAUAAAAGGUUGGGUCACUGACAGAAAGGGCCACCUUGUUUAAGAACCAAAGUACAGUGGUGCCUCGCAAGACGAAAAGAAUCCGUUCCGCGAGUCUCUUCGUCUUGCGGGUUUUUUCGUCUUGCGAAGCAAGCCCAUUAGAGGUUUAGCGGCUUAGCGCUACAGUAUUAGCGGCUUAGCCGGCUUAAAGAUCAGUUGAUAAGCGGCUUAGCAUCAGCUGUUAAGCGGCUUAAAGAUCAGCUGAUAAGCGGCUUAGCCAUCAGCUGAUAAGCGGCUUAGCCAUCAGCUGUUAAGCGGCUUAAAGAUCAGCUGAUAAGCGGCUUAGCAUCAGCUGUUAAGCGGCUUAAAGAUCAGUUGAUAAGCGGCUUAGCAUCAGCUGUUAAGCGGCUUAAAGAUCAGCUGAUAAGCGGUUUAGCGGCUUGGGAAAAAGGGGGGGGGAGGAAAAAAACCCUGCAGGAACUCGCAAGACAUUUUCGUCUUGCGAAGCAAGCACAUAGGAAAUUCGUUUUGCGAAGCACCUCCAAAACGGAAAACCCUUUCGUCUAGCGGGUUUUCCGUCUUGCGAGGCAUUCGUCUUGCGGGGCACCACUGUAGUGAGAUGUGUUGGAACAACUGAGUUAUGGAACUGAAGUGGAAUAACUGGAAAUAAGCUGAGCAUUUACCUUCUGGUCUAGAAACCUGUAAGGUCUACCUGAAGCGCAAAACAGUGGUACCUCGGGUUAAGAACUUAAUUUGUUCCGGAGGUCCGUUCUUAACCUGAAACUGUUCUUAACCUAAGGUACCACUUUAGCUAAUGGGGCCUCCCACUGCCGCUGCGUGAUUUCUGUUCUCAUCCUGAAGCAAAGCUCUUAACCUGAGGUACUAUUUCUGGGUUAGUGGAGUCUGUAACCUGAAGCGUCUGUAACCUGAAGCAUCUGUAACCCGAGGUACCACUGUAACGGAACUUAAGCAACUGAAGUUUAAAAGAAGUGUGCUAGAUUAGAAGCCUGUAACAUCUGUUAGAGUUAGUAUAAUUAGUAUAAUUUAGUACUUGGUUAACUGUUUCCUGAAAGGACAUUAUCUCCUGAUAACAUCCUUUGUUUUAUUCACUUUGUUCUAUAUAAUAAAUAUUUCUUAUUCGUUCAACUUUUGCCUGAGUAAGUACUUCCUCACACAAAAUCCAAAAGAUAACCUGUGGUAGUUACUACAGAGUGUGUAUGUAGGUGGGAUCUGCCACAGUUGGUAUACAGCGGUGGGAUCCUCUUUGUUGUUGUUGUUUAGUCGUUUAGUCAUGUCCGACUCUUCGUGUCCCCAUGUACCAGAGCACGCCAGACACUCCUGUCUUCCACUGCCUGCCCAGUUUGGUCAAACUCAUGCUGGUAGCUUCGAGAACACUGUCCAACCAUCUCGUCCUCUGUCGUCCCCUUCUCCUUGUGCCCUCCAUCUUUCCCAACAUCAGGGUCUUUUCCAGGGAGUCUUCUCUUCUCAUGAGGUGGCCAAAGUAUUGGAGCCUCAGCUUCAGGAUCUGUCCUUCCAGUGAGCACUCAGGGCUGAUUUCCUUAAGAAUGGAUAGGAUUGAUCUUCUUGCAGUCCAUGGGACUCUCAAGAAUCUCCUCCAGCACCGUAAUUCAAAAGCAUCAAUUCUUCGGUGAUCAGCCUUCUUUAUGGUCCAGCUCUCACUUCCAUACAUCACUACUGGGAAAACCAUAGCUUUAACUAUAUGGACCUUUCAAACAGCAAUAAAAGAACACUGUUUUUAUUAACCGGGCAAAUUUUGCCUGACAUUCAAAAUGCAUUGAUAAUGCCAAGUGAAUUUGCCUGGAGAAGCAACUUCACAACUGAGGUGCCACCACAGAAAAGAUCUUCUCUCCAGUAGUCAGAUAUGUAGCCUUCUGAUACCUGGCAACACCUGGUGAAGGGCCUCAGGUAAACCAUUCAUUUAGAUGGGAGAAAGUAUAGGGGUGAUUGAGAGGCACUGUUGGGUUGGGGAACUCAACCUGCAAUAUCCCUGCUUUGGUCAUUGAGAAUCCAGCCUCCUCCUUCCUUCACAGCCCUUCCAAUCCACCUGCAUCGCCCACCCAUCCCCUCUAGGUUCUGUUUCCCGCUCACGCUAAUAAUAUGGCCAACUGGUUAUAAAUCUGGAAGGUAAUAAUAUUUGUGCGUGUGCUUCACCUGUGCAGGCUUAAAUGUCUCCUGUGCCUCUUCACCUGGUCCACCUACUCCCUCAAGCACGGUUCCCUCAGAAACAACAGAAUUUAAUGAUUCCGCUGCUACAACCAGUGUUGGCACUCCUUUGAGCACCCAGAAGGGAGCCUCCACGACAAAUUCGCUCCCAUGGACACUUUCAAUGUACGAUAGCGCCACUACUCCUAACACCACUGUGGAAGCUUUGACUGCAAACCCCGUUUCAGCUGUAACGCCCCUGUCAACAGCAACGGCCCCGGAUAGCUCAGCAGCAACCCAUUCAUCACCGCAGCCAAACACUGGAUUACAAACCACGGAAGACACAUCAGCCCCUGCGACAUCAGUUGCCGUCCUGGUCACAGGCACCACUCCUCACUCGGAAACCACACCAGUCAGCUCUUCGCCUACUCUAAAUGGAUCGUCCACCAACCCUUUUCCUAUUAACGCCACCUAUCUAAGCACCACCCAAGUGCCGAGUGCAGGAACAUCUCCAGCAGCUGUGUCCUCCAGCAAACGCCCUACUGGAGAGGCAACAUCUGGAGAGACAUCUGUGGCAGCAUCCUCCCUGGGCUCCACGCAAGGGGUUACUAUUUCUUCGCAAGCGGCUAUGUCAAGUAAGGCUACUCCAGCGACCUCCCCUGCUGGCAGUACCACGUUCUCGGUGGGGGUAACCAUACAAGAAGUUCAACGGGCCUUGAGUUCGGGUGAGUUGGUCUGUUUCCGCACUUUGCACGGCAAUGGUUUUGUCAACCUUGCGGCUUAUUGUUGUCUGUUUUAGGGAGUUCAUAAGGCUCCCUAGAUUAUUGUUUUAAAUAAUAAUAAUAAUAAUAAUAAUAAUAAUAAUAAUAAUAAUAAUAAUAAAAAAUUGGAAAGACUCAAGACAUAUUAUUUCCCCCCUAAAAAAUAAAUAAAUGUCAAAAUAGAAAAGGAUGCAUCCAUUUUCCUCUUUAACCAGGCCUGUGCCCUCUAAAGAGUGCAUGGGGCUUUUUUAAUGUAUUGUUUUAAUUGGGUGUGUUAAUAUAUCUAUGUGGGUUUUUGCUUGUUUUGUUUUUAAGUCACUUUGAGUUGCCUUUGGCAAGCAAAAGCAACCAGUAAAUUUAAUUAAUAAUAAUACACAACAGAACACACCUACUAAAAAAUUUCUGUCCACCCCGAUACAUUUUAACGUUCUCGCUUAUCUUCUGAAAAAUGGACUCAGUGCAGGCCUUGUACUAGCCCACGGUUUGUUAUUCACCAUAGCAUAGAACCCAGACUACAAUAUAUAAUAGGCAAGCCGUGGUUUAGAGCUGUUUGUCUGCUUUCUUUACCCGUCCUCUCAGCCCUCAACUUUGAAGGUGCAUUCCUGUCCCUUACUUUCUGUCUGUGAUGCAGCAACUUGAAGAGCGAUGGCCACAACUAUUGUGUGUCUCCCAUUACUCCAUGCAUGCAUCACGCCAGAUCAUAAUUAGAAUAAACCAGGGUUAUAAUGCUUCUGUCUGGCCCUCAGUCACUGCAAAAAUAUAUCUCUAAAUUUAUCUGGCAGGGGAAGAAGCCAAGAAUAAAAUAUAAAUUAUUAACAGAUUCUAAAGAGAGAGGCGGCUUCUCCCUGUAGUUCCCAAUUCUGGUUUGCCAGCCAAUUGCAAACCAUGUCAUGUCAAUUCACACAACAGGCCAGAGCAAAAUUAAACUUAACCAUGGUUUAGAUGUCUGAAUUCAUCUGUAGAGUUUGAAUCAUAAUAGUGGAAGUUGCAGAGAUCAUUCUUGAAAGCUGUAAAUAAAUCCUUAAUAUCAUUAUAAUUUCAUUUGUAUGCCGCCUUUCCAUAAUUAAAAGCACACUCGAGGCAACUUACUACGUGAAAAGAUUUACAUAAUUACAAAUAUAACGAAAUAGUCAUGAGCAAUAAAUAAAACACAUAGAAAAGCACACAGCCAAACUGAACAGUUUCCACAUAAAGCAUAAGAUCGAUAAAAUAAAGAUCUACCAAAUUAAUAUCAAUAAGAGCAACAAAUACCCCAGCCCAAGCAUCUGUUCAGCAGCUUCAGUUUUUGUCACUCAGUCAGGGCCCUGUCCUCUCAUGCUAGGUGGAAAAAAUCUAGUAGGUCUUCCAGGACACACAGCUAAGAUGGUGGGCUUCCAUGUUUAUUGGACCGGAAUGGGACCUGUGACCCUCAGUUCAUAGAUAAAUAGAUAAUUUAUUACAGUCAAAGACCAGCUCGCAAAACACAAUAAAAACAGAGUUCAUAAAGAUAAAAUAUACAAUCAGAGCAGAUUGCAGCAAUAGCUCAUGAGUUUAAUUGAGAUAUAUACAUACACCCGUACAACUGAGAUUUGGGCUACCAUAAAAAUUGACCCUGAGGCACCCCAAAGGGCAACUUCAGCAUUUCCCUAGUAAGCUAUUUUAUUCCAGAGGGUUAUCUGUGCCUACAAAUCUGGGCGCAGAACCUGGCUAUCAGCCAGGACCCUCAGUUCAGAUAUUGUUAGACUGCAGCUCCCAUCCUCUCUGACCAUUGACUGGGGCUGAUGGGAAUUGGAGCCCCAGCAACUGGAGAGCCACAGGUUCUCCAGUCUUGACUUUGAAAGUACCUUGAAGACAUGGGACCUGCUAGGCUGUCUUUAGUGAAUGAGACAAGGAGAGAAAGAGCAGAUAGAGGUCCUCUAGUACUCAGGCAGUCAUUGGUUCUUUUUCCCCCACUACAAAGAUUAAUGUCGUCCCCCAGUCCCUCUCCUUGCUUUUACAAGCUAGUAUUAAAAAAGCUGGAAUAGCAGUUAGCCACUUAAUAAGAACGCACAGGCUUUGAACGCAGAAGUUCAAAGCCCCAGAGAUUAAAUCUCAUAGCCAUAACGUCACUUGAUGGCCUUAAGCAAGCAACCAUUCUCUCCCCCUCACCUCUGCUGCUUAAAUCGGAGGAUGAUAGGACUGACCUCAGAGAAGAAAGGCGCUAUUUAGGUCCUAGUGGCUAUUAUAAUUACGCCACACUGUCUGUGUGCGUGCAGAUUUUCAAAUCGCAGGAUUUGGAGUCAACGCUUAAUAUGCUUUGAGCACUCCGUGCUCAAAGCUUCCUUGGUUUGCCACGUUUUCUACAUUAGAGGGCAGUGUGCCUGCAGACUGAAUCGUAGGAUGAAAAAUAAUCUGGAUGGUUGAAGGUAAAACUGUGAUCUCUGAUGCAUCUCCUUUGCUGUGCAGGUAGCAUUGCAGCUAUUACCAUCACAGUGAUUGCAGUGGUUCUGUUGGUGUUUGGCAUAGCCGCAUUCCUGAAGAUCAGGUAAGAAUUGGUGCCUUUACUUAGAGGAGAGGCAGUAGUUCCUUGGGGAGAGGCUGGCUUCUUAACUAUGGUUCUUACAGUCACUCCUCCGCAGCUGGAAGUGGAAAGAGCCCCUAUAAAAUUCACUUCUUAUCCAGAUAGCAUAUAGACACCUGGUGAGGAGUAAGGUAAAGGUAGAAUCAUAGAGUUGGAAGAGACCACAAGGGCCAUCGAGUCCAACCCCCUGCCAAGCAGGAAACACCAUCAGAGUACUCCUGACAUAUGGUUGUCAAGCCUCUGCUUAAAGACCUCCAAAGAAGGAGACUCCACCACACUCCUUGGCAGCAAAUUCCACUGUCGAACAGCUCUUACUGUCAGGAAGUUCUUCCUAAUGUUUAGGUGGAAUCUUCUUUCUUGUAGUUUGGAUCCAUUGCUCCGUGUCCGCUUCUCUGGAGCAGCAGAAAACAACCUUUCUCCCUCCUCUAUGUGACAUCCUUUUAUAUAUUUGAACAUGGCUAUCAUAUCACCCCUUAACCUCCUCUUCUCCAGGCUAAACAUGCCCAGCUCCCUUAGCCGUUCCUCAUAAGGCAUCGUUUCCAGGCCUUUGACCAUUUUGGCUGCUCUCCUCUGGACACGUUCCCGUUUGUCAGUGUCCUCCUUGAACUGUGGUGCCCAGAACUGGACACAGUACUCCAGGUGAGGUCUGACCAGAGCAGAAUACAGUGGCACUAUUACUUCCCUUGAUCUAGAUGCUAUACUCCUAUUGAUGCAGCCCAGAAUUGCAUUGGCUUUUUUAGCUGCCGCGUCACACUGUUGGCUCAUGUCAAGUUUGUGGUCAACCAAGACUCCUAGAUCCUUUUCACAUGUACUGCUCUCAAGCCAGGUGUCACCCAGGUAAAGGGACCCCUGACCAUUAGGUCCAGUCGUGGCCGACUCUGGGGUUGCUCAUCUUGCUUUAUUGGCCGAGGGAGCCGGCGUACAGCUUCCGGGUCAUGUGGCCAGCAUGACUAAGCUGCUUCUGGCGAACCAGAGCUGUGCACGGAAACGCCUUUUACCUUCCCGCUGGAGCGGUACCUAUUUAUCUACUUGCACUUGACGUGCUUUUGAACUGCUAGGUUGGCAGGAGCAGGGAACAAGCAAUGGGAGCUUACCCCGUCGCGGGGAUUUGAACCGCCGACCUUCUGAUCGGCAAGUCCUAGGCUCUGUGGUUUAACCCACAGCACCACCCGUGUCCCACUGAUGGGGAGUACCCAAUCCCAAAGUAUUCCCAGGGAGGCAUACAGAAGCUGUGCCAAAACCCAAGAACAAUAGAAGUAUCAACCGAUAACCAAACGCAACAGCAAACUGACAACAGGCUACCACAGGUGAGAAACUUAGAAUCCUAGAAUUGGAAGGGACCUUGAGGGUCUUCAACCUCCUACAAUGCAGGAAUCUCAACUAAAGCAUCCAUGAGAGAUGGCCACUCAACCUCUGCUUUAACAACUCCAAGGAAGGAGAGUCCAUCAGCUCCACUGUUGAACAGCUCUAACUGUCAGAAAGUCCUUCUCUGAUCUUUAGUCGAUAUCUCCUUUCUUAUAACUUGAAGCCAUUGGUUUUGAGACCCACCCUCUGGAGCAGGCGAAAACAAGCUUGCUCCAUCCUCUAUGUGUUAUAGGCCUUUGAUAUUUGAAGAUGGCUAUCAUACCUUAAGAAGGGACGCGGGUGGCGCUGUGGGUUAAACCACAGAGCCUUGGGUUUGCCGAUCAGAAGGUUGCGGUUCGAAUCCCCGCGACGGGGUGAGCUCCCAUUGCUCGGUCCUGGUCCUGCCAACCUAGCAGUUCAAAAGCACGUCAAAGUGCAAGUAGAUAAAUAGGUACUGCUCUGGGGGGAAGGUAAACAGUGUUUCCAUGCUCUGCUCUGGUUCACCAGAAGUGGCUUAGUCAUGCUGGCCACAUGACCCAGAAAAACUGCGGACAGUAAAGCGAGAUGAGUGCUGCAACCCCAGAGUCGCUCAUGACUGGACUUAACUGUCAGGGGUCCUUUACCUUUUUAUCAUACCUCCAUUUGGUCUCCUCUUAUCCAGGCUGAACAUAUUAACUCCCUCAACCAUUCCUUGGCUUGGUUUCCAGGCCCUUGAUCAUCUUGGUCACCUUCCUCUGCAAACGCUCCAGUUUGUCAAUAUUCUUCUGCUGCGCAGAACGGGACACAGUGCUCCAAAUAGGGUCUGACCACAGCAGAAUAGAGUGGGACUAUUACUUCCCUUGAUGUGGACACUAGACUCCUGUUGAUGUACCCUAGAACAGCUGCUGCAUCACACUGUUGACUCAUGUUAAGGUUGUGGUCUGCUAAAAUCCUUAGAUCUACUUUUUAAAUUACAGUGGUACCUCAGUUUAAGAACAGUCCUGUUUAUGAACUAUUCGGUUUACGGACACCGCAAAACCGGAAGUAGUGUCCCGGUUUGAGAACUUUACCUCAGUCUAAGAACGGAAUCUGAACUGUGGAAAGGCACCGGCGGCAGGAGGCCUCAUUAGGAAAAAUGUUCCUCGCUUUAAUAACGGGUUUGGUUUAAGAGCGGACUUCCAGAACGGAUUAAGUUCGUAAACUGAAGUACCACUGUAAUCACAAUUUGAUCUUCUAAGACCCCAGAGGACAGGAUCACACUUCAAAACGACCUUGACAGAUUAGAGAACUGGGCCAAAACAAACAAGAUGAAUUUUAACAGGGAGAAAUGUAAAGUAUUGCACUUGGGCAAAAAAAUGAGAGGCACAAAUACAAGAUGGGGAAACCUGGCUUGAGAGCAGUACAUGUGAAAAGGAUCUAGGAGUCUUGGUUGACCACAAACUUGACAUGAGCCAACAGUGUGACGCGGCAGCUAAAAAGCCAAUGCAAUUCUGGGCUGCAUCAAUAGGAGUAUAGCGUCUAGAUCAAGGGAAGUAAUAGUGCCACUGUAUUCUGCUCUGGUCAGACCUCACCUGGAGUACUGUGUCCAGUGCUGGGCACCACAGUUCAAGAAGGACAUUGACAAACUGGAACGUGUCCAGAGGAGGGCAAUCAAAAUGGUCAAAGGCCUGGAAACGAUGCCUUAUGAGGAACAGCUAAGAGAGCUGGGCAUGUUUAGCCUGGAGAAGAGGAGGUUAAGGGGUGAUAUGAUAGCCAUGUUCAAAUAUAUAAAAGGAUGUCACAUAGAGGAGGGAGAAAGGUUGUUUUCUGCUGCUCCAGAGAAGCGGACACGGAGCAAUGGAUCCAAACUACAAGAAAGAAGAUUCCACCUAAACAUUAGGAAGAACUUCCUGACAGUAAGAGCUGUUCGACAGUGGAAUUUGCUGCCAAGGAGUGUGGUGGAGUCUCCUUCUUUGGAGGUCUUUAAGCAGAGGCUUGACAACCGUAUGUCAGGAGUGCUCUGAUGGUGUUUCCUGCUUGGCAGGGGGUUGGACUCGAUGGCCCUUGUGGUCUCUUCCAACUCUAUGAUUCUAUGAUUCUAUGAUUCUAGAUAGCAGUCCUUUCACAAGCACUUUUAAAUGUCUGAUCAGCCUGGAUGUUUUAAGUAAUGGAAGUACAAUCCCCAAAAGGACAGAGGGAGGAGGCAGGUGAAAAAGGGAUUGUUAUUGUUAUAAUGUUUACUCCAGAAUCUUACAUUUCUGUAAUAAGCAUAGGCUGACCGGAGUACGGUUCUGUUUCUGUUUCCUCCCUCAGGCAUUCUUCGUAUGGAAGACUCUUGGAUGACCACGACUAUGGAUCCUGGGGAAACUACAACAACCCUCUCUAUGACGACUCUUAAAUGGAGGAGAAUCCAUCAAAGCCAAAAACUGCUCGUGUAUUUAUGAAGCACUUAUUUCACUAAAAGCGCCAUGGUCCGAUAAUCCUUCCGCAUACAAUGUCCGUGUUGUUGCUCCUCCUGCUGUUUCUGCUGAUGCGUUGUCAACAUACCUUUUUGCAGCGCAGGCCCCAUCGAAAAACGAGCCAACCAGAGUGGAGCGUUCAGCAACUAAUCGAGCAAGAGUUGGAAUCUGUAUCUACGAGAAUACUUGCUUGCGGGUGCCGUUGCCUCCAAACCCUAACGUUCUGCAAAGUGAUUAGGAUUCCUGCAAAAAGGAACGAAGUCCGUGGAAAGUUUCGCCACCAGUUCUGCUGUGGCCGUUUGGGCUCCCAGCAACUCGGUUGUAACAGGAGACCUGCAAUGAAGAAUGUGACCUUUGAGAGUUGUCAGAUAGCAAAAAUUUGUGGUAGAAGUUGCUCAGGGGUCUCCCAGAAUUAAAUGGCAGAUCUUGAUUCUUGCUUUAAUUGCCUUUUCCAGUUUGUCUCCUUAAGAAAGCGUUCUGAUUAGAAUUCAGCUGAAGGUUGGAGCAACCUGAUUCAGCACUGAAGUUCUUGUUAAAUGUUUCGCUAGAGAAAGGCAGAAUGUAACGCUAACAGUAAUAGGGGCUAGAGCCAUAAAUGGCAGUCUGGUGUCCUGCUCCCCUGCCCAGCCUUCUAUAGUGUCCAGCUCAUUGGGGCCUCCUUUCACAAAAAUCUAUUACAGUUUGGGCAAUUGUUUUUGGAAAUUUAUUGAAGCCCAGUGUUAAGUCAUGAGCCCACCAGCUCAUGGUAAAGUUAUUGUUACUUCCCAAAUACAGAGGCUCUCCACGGAGUUGUCUCCAAUAAAGUUUGUUUUGUGGGGACCAUUUGCAAAAGCAAACUCUCAAGGGCUAUUUUUCCACACCCCAAGUUUGUUCCUUGUCAGUUCAGACAUGUUUUCAGAAGGGUGUUAGAUAAGGGGGUCCUCGCCUUUUGAGCCUCUCUGUGCAUAUAGCUUAGGAAAAAGCAGAAAAGGCAGGUUUGUAAUGCAAAGGUAGCGAAGGCCAGCGGAUAAUUUGCAUUACGAAUCAAAACUUCUCAAGCCAAAUAGAAGUAAAACACCUCAUUCUGCAUUAUUGAGUUCCAGCCGAUGGCGGCUAAUGUUAAGCUGAACCCUAGACACAAGCCUUUGAUGUAUUUUCCAUUAUAGAAAGAAGGAUUCCAUUUCAGAAAAGACAUUUUCAGUACUACAGUGUUGCUUUCUGCCUUCUCAGUAUGCAAAGUCUACCAGUUGUUGGUUUUUUUAUCUCCUUCCCUUCCAUUUUUAAGGGCACAAAGUCACAUUGGUACAUUGAAUUGAUUUUGCAAGCAAGUCUGCUGUCACAAUGAGGUUUGAACAACAUAUUAUCCAGAGUUGGGGGGGGGGUUUCCCCUCCUUUUAUUUUUAUAUCAACCCCCAAAAAGAUAGGGCAGCAUGUGUGUGGCUAGAUGCUAGGGCAAGUGAGGAAGGAAGGAAUGAUUCUCGCACAUUUAAAAAGUUGCUGCUGUGCUGGAUGGCAGAGACACCGUAUGAACCUCCAGCAAAACCCCUGUGUUUCUCUGUUUUUUCGUUUUUCUGUUUCGUAGCACUCUUGUCUCUGCAACUUUUUUGCAUUAAAAGCUGGAUGGAGGAAGAUUCUUGUGCUAAACUCUUUAGUGCACAGUGUAAGGGGGGGGGAUUGAUUCCCCCCUCCCAGAGGCUAAACAGCUACUUGUUUGCACUACAAAUAAACUUUGACAAUAAUAAAGA